GUAUUGAUUUCUUAUUGGUCGAAUGAUGUUUCUGCCUGUUUGGACAGAUCAACAACACAUUAUGUCGGGAUGGAUGCAGCUACUCUCACGUACGACACACUUGGCUUUGGAGAGUUUGAAGAUUUUCCAGAGACCUCAGAGCCAGUGUGGAUCUUGGGGAAAGAAUUCAACGCACUCACAGAAAAGGAAGACAUUCUUUCAGAUGUCACUUCACGACUGUGGUUCACCUACAGAAAAAACUUCCCGCCCAUUGGAGGGACAGGGCCUACGUCCGACACAGGCUGGGGCUGCAUGCUGCGAUGUGGACAGAUGAUCCUAGGCGAGGCCCUGGUCUGCAGGCAUCUAGGCCGAGACUGGAGAUGGGUGAGAGGCCAGCCUCAGAGAGGACAGUACAUCAGUAUCCUCAACGCCUUCCUUGACAAGAAAGACAGCUACUAUUCUUUACAUCAAAUUGCCCAGAUGACAUCAAAACUAACCUGUGUUGAAUAUUGUCCGUCUUGCCCUCAGGAAACUGUGUUGAAUAUUGUCCGUCUUGCCCUCAGGAAACUAACUGUGUUGAAUAUUGUCCGUCUUGCCCUCAGGAAACUAACUGUGUUUGACUCGUGGAGUCGUCUGGCGGUACAUGUUGCUAUGGACAACACCGUGGUGAUGGAGGAGAUCAAGCGGUUGUGUAUGCCCUGGCUGGACUAUGGUGGAGCAGCGUGUGCAGAGCCCCCGGGGUGGAUGCCGAAGCAUAACGGCUGCCUGGAGGGGGCCUGUGCCCUGGCUGAGGAGGAGACGGCUCUCUGGAAGCCCCUGGUCCUUCUCAUCCCUCUCAGGCUGGGCCUGAGUGACAUCAACAAGGCCUACAUUGAGACCCUGAAGCAAUGCUUUCAGCUGCCCCAGUCCCUGGGUGUCAUCGGAGGGAAGCCCAACAGUGCCCAUUACUUCAUAGGCUAUGUUGGAGAGGAGUUGAUCUACCUGGACCCCCACACCACCCAGCCUGCGGUAGAGCCCUGUGAGGACAGCCAGGUCCCCGACGACACUUACCACUGUCAGCAUCCGCCGUGCCGCAUGCACAUCUGUGAAAUAGACCCCUCCGUCGCAGUGGGUUUCUUCUGCAGAACGGAGGACGACUUUGAUGACUGGUGUAUGCGUAUCCGAAAGUUGUCCCACACUAGAGGAAGCCUGCCCAUGUUUGAGCUGGUAGACUGUCAACCAUCUCACUUCGCCUGCUCUGUAGACGUGCUCAACCUCACUCCGGAUGAGGCUGGGAUUCAGUCAGCGGUGCGUUGUGGACAAGCGCAUUGCACUACCGACAAAGCGCCUUUUAAAGGCAAUUUCCCUGACGUUCGCGGAGAUCGCGUUCACGAUUUCUCAGACCGGUCGGAGCGGUUCUUUGAUUCUGAGGAUGAAGAGUUUGAGAUCCUGUCCCUGUGAUGAACAGGAGGAAUACAGUUACUAUCUGUCCUGGCAGAAACCCCAGACGAUUCGUCUCUGUAUCAGAAGGGAAGCCAAUAGGGGACAGGAGAUGACUGGUGACAUCACUAGCCCAGUCUGGCACCGAUGGUGUAGUGAUGUGUCAAACAGUUGUCUUCUGGUCAGUCACCUGGUGCUCUCCGUGUCCAAUGAGGAGACUCCUUGCUGCGAGGUGGUACCAGCUAGUGCUCUCCGUGUCCAAUGAGGAGACUCCUUGCUGCGAGGUGGUACCAGCUAGUGCUCUCCGUGUCCAAUGAGGAGACUCCUUGCUGCGAGGUGGUACCAGCUAGUGCUCUCCGUGUCCAAUGAGGAGACUCCUUGCUGCGAGGUGUUACCAGGUAGCAGGAGCUCUCGGGAAACAUUCAGUGCUACAUGCAUCUUCACAUUGGUUCUCCAUUUUAAGUCUGAACACAUUAUAUAUUUCCUUUAAGCCAGGGGUGUCAAACUCAUUCUGUGGAGGGCGUCAGGUUUUUCCCCCAUAUUGAAUUAAGACAAAUAGGUGAUGGGAGUUCCUUAACUAAAUUAUUGACCUUUUAAUUCAAUCAAUCAAUUACAAGAUGCGUAAAAAAGAAAAACCGACACUCUGUGGAUUGAGUUUAACACGUUUAAGUGAUAUGGUGCCUUUCUCUCCCCUCCCCCUAAACUGAAUCACACUGACACACAACGAUGUCUUUAGGAACUUGGUUGACUCUGUCCACACUUGUAUUUACUGAUGUCAAUUGUAAAUCAAAAUGUGAUUGAGGGAAAUUUUGCAGACAAAGUAGAUUUGCUUGUGAAUUAUAAUUUGUUUUAUUGAGAGUACCAUUUUAUAUCUAAAAAAAAAAAUCCCUGUCCUGAACGUCAUUUUAAAGAUGAUUUAUUUCCUGUUAAUGACACAUGAAGAAAAAUGAAUGAACGUGUUAAUGAAAAUACAAUUUAAAAAGUUAAA